UCUCUUUUUGAAUGAACCGCGAAUAUUCAAAAUUCUUUUGGCGGUUUAUCUUUGGGAACAUUUUUCUUUUCUGUAAACAAAAUCUUCUUAUGUUUUCAUCUUUUGUUGUUGUUGGUUUUUCUUUAAUUUGGUUAAUUUUUUGAUCAUGGAUCGUACGCUUAAAGAUGCUGUUGAUAAUUCUCCUGUUCGUCAAGGUGGAUCUCAGGGGAAAUUUUCUCGGAGUAAACAACUUCAAUUGGAAUUUAAGUAUAAAAUUAUGAAUGAAGAAAUUCGUAAAUUAAAAGAAUCAGGUAUCAAUAGUAAAGAGGUUGUUGAAAAGUCUAAAUUGUUACGGAAAAAACUUAAACAAGCUAAUGAUUUGUCUAAAACUGCUUUUGAUACUGGUUCACAAAAGUGUAUUGAAUAUGAUGCUGAAUAUUUUUUCAAUGGUGCUGAAGUUAAUCAUCUUGUUGUUAAAUCACUUCAAGUGGAUAGUCAAGUAUUUGAUGUGCUUUUCUUUGCUGAAAAAUUGAAAACAUUCAUAGCUCCAGAUUCUAGGAUAAGAGAUGAAACCAUUGACGAUAAUGAUUUAUCCAUUGAAGACUUUUAUGAGCUUGGCAAGAAUUGUGGUCAUUUAGUAAAUUCUGCUCCGAUACUUACUUAUUUAUAUGGUGCAUUUGAACCUGGUGAAGUGACCAUACCAACCAAACAGAGACGAGUUGGACCUGGUAGACAGAAAUUAGUGGAACCAACAGAUGAAGCUAAAAAGCCCAAAUCUAAAGAAGGAAUUGAUGAUAGUGAUGAUCUCAAAAAUGGAAAAGAAGUUGAAAGAGUUUACAGUAAGCUUAAAUCGAUAUUCGAUAAAACCAAAGAGCCUGUUCCGUUUUUCAAAGCGAUGGUUAAGCCUGAUUCAUUCUGCGAAACAGUUGAAGGAAUUUUCUAUUCUGCAUUUUUAAUCAAAGAAGGUGUUGUUUCUGCUAAACUGAUGAAGACUUCCAAUGGUUAUGUUCCUGUUAUCGAACCCGAAGAUCCCGAGGAGGUGGAAAGAUGCCACGAGAGAGUAAGAGAGAGGAGAAACAACGAAAACGAUUCAGAAGACGAAAGUGAAGAGACUUCAGCAUCGAGUCAUCAAAGUAUUUUAUCUUUUUGCGAAGAUGAUUGGAAAAAUUGGAAAAUUCAGUAAUCAUUGUUAACCGAAUGAAUCUCCUACAUUCUCACAAAUCUAUGUAAUACUCUCAACAUUUCAAUCAUUUCCGUUUCCUCCAAUUUUCUUAUUCUUUGAUUGUAAAAAAAAACAAAACUGUUUCUCGAGGCACAUUUAAAGUAAACUGUACAGUUUAUAUUUGAA